AUGAUUGUCCAGAAUAGCAAACUAUAUAGUGCUAGAGAAGCCAUUCGGAGUAUCGAAGAUCGAUUCAAUCACAAGUACCAUUAUCCAUGGGUCCUCUUGAACAGCCAACACUUUACCGCCGAUUUCAGGAAAUAUGCCUCCAUGGCUACCAAGGCUCCCAUAUAUUUCGGAAAGAUUGAUCCAGAUACCUGGUCUUAUCCACCUUUUAUUGACGUGGCUCGUGCUGAGAGAAAUAUGGGUGUUCUUGGAGGGACAAAUCUGUACAAAGGCGGUAGUCUGUCCUUUCGCCAGGAAGCUAGGUAUCACGCCGGGCUGUUCUUUCAUCAUACUCUCUUUCAAAAUGUUGAUUAUGUUUGGCGCGUGGAAUCUGAUUCACAGUAUACUUGUGACUUGGUUGACUUUGACCCCUUUAAGGAGAUGAAAGAAAACAACAGGACUAUUGGCUUUGCACUGACAUCAAAAGAUGUACCCAGAGCUAUUCUUGGUCUUUGGAAAGUAACUCGCGCCUUUAUUGAUGAUUACGCACAAACGGUUGUAUCUCCUGACGAAUCUAUUAUGCCCUGGAUUGUCGAUAGACGAGGUGAAUACAAUACAUGCCACAUGGUGUCUAGCUUUGAGGUCGUAGACCUGGCUUUCUACAGAUCUCCGUCGUACCAAAGAUAUUUUGAGUACCUUGACCGGUCGGGUGGAUUCUUUUACGGAAGAUGGGGAGAUGGUCCUGUAAAAUCAAUUGCAGCGGCAAUGUUCUUAAAAAGAGAUCAAAUCCAGUACUUUAAAAAUGUUGGAUAUUCUCACGGCAUGUUUUCCCAUUGUCCUUUCCAAGAGAAUUACUCAGAACAUUGUAGUUGCUCUUUGGAUGAGACAUUUGGUAAGUCUGAAUUAAUUAACUAG